CGGCAUCCCCGACCACUCUCCUACCUAUACAUAUUAACAUACAAACAAUACAUAUCCAAUUUCUCUUCUCUAUUUUCUCUCCUCUACACUCUCUCUACAUACAAUGCACUCUCCAACCGCAGCCGGCAAUGAAGUGGACCCUACAAUAUGGCGAGCAGUCGCCGGAAAAUCUGUCCAAAUCCCUCUCGUCGGUUCCAGGGUUUACUACUUUCCUCAGGGACACGCGGAACAUGCAGCAUCUGGUUCACCUCUCUUACUAUCCACGCUUAUACCUCCCUUCAUUCUAUGCCGUGUACUCUCUGUUCGUUUUCUAGCCGAUUCCGUUACAGACGAGGUAUUCGCUAAGAUUUUUCUGCAUCCGAUUAGCCAGUAUGAAGUUGACGAUGUUACUGUGAAUGAUGAUGAUGAUGAGGAGGAGGAUGUGGAGAAUGAUGUUGUUUCGUUUGUGAAGAUUUUAACUCCGUCAGAUGCGAACAAUGGGGGAGGUUUUUCUGUACCGCGGUUUUGUGCUGAUUCUAUAUUUCCUCGGCUUAAUUUCAUGGAUGACCCGCCGGUUCAGAAUUUGGCUAUUCGUGAUAUUCAUGGUGGUGUGUGGGAGUUUCGACACAUUUAUCGUGGUACGCCUCGACGGCAUUUGCUUACUACUGGUUGGAGCAAGUAUGUUAACAGUAAAAAACUUGUCUCCGGUGAUUCCUCUGUGUUCAUACGGAAAACUGGAAAUGAUCAACUCUAUGUGGGUGUCCGACGAGCUAUAAGAAGAAACGAAAAUAGCCAGAGGUGGACUUCCUCUCUUUUGAGACGUGAACAAAUCACUAGUGUUGGUAGCGGGGAUGUGCUUUGGAGGAGUGGGAAGGGGCGGAUGACGAUGGAGGCUGUUGCCUCCAUAGCGGAAAUGGGGGCAAGGGGAGUGCCAUUUGAAGUAUCGUGUUACCCGCGGGCAGACUGGGCAGAUUUUGUGGUGAAGGCGCAAGCGGUAGAGGCGUCAUUGAAUAUGCAUUGGGCAGUUGGUGCGAGGGUUAAGAUGUCUGUGGAAACGGAGGAUUCAUCUAGAACGGCUUGCUUUCAAGGGACUGUUUCAUCUGUCGUUUUGCCUGAAAGUGGCCCUUGGCGUGGAUCUCCAUGGCGAAUGCUUCAGAUCACUUGGGAUGAACCAGAAGUUCUGCAGCAUGCUAAUAGGGUGAAUCCUUGGCAAGUUGAGUGUAUUCUUCCAUACCCACAGCUUCAUUCUGGAUUUCCUCCAUCAAAGAAAAUAAAAUUGUUGCCUAAUGGGUUGCUACCUGAUGGAGAGAGAAACUUCGUCCCUAUGACAGGGUUGGGUAAUUCUACGAUUGGACUCGGUAGCCCAUCAUUGGGCAAUUGUACAUCUUUUCCUGCGGGCAUGCAGGGAGCCAGGCAAAAUCAAGUUUGUGUAUCAAGUUUAUCCAAUGUUAAAAGCAAUAAUAACCUUGGGUUGUGCACUAACAAUAGCUUAGAUGAAGAAAUCAAGACAAAGCUUGAGAGUGUAUCCACCAAACUGAAUAUCGGCAGUUCAUAUUCAGACAACUUAUCACCGGAUAGUCAGAGUAGUGUGCACUUUGGGGAUAAUGAGCUGGUUACAAAACCAGGUUCUAGCUCUUUGACAAAAGAUCCUAUCAGUUCUUUCCAGUUAUUUGGUAAGGUCAUCCAUGUUGAACGUGUUGAAGAAGGUUUUGAUGGUUUUGGUUUCUCUGAAAGUGAUAACAUUCAAGUGUUUAAAGAGAUAGAUGGUCCAUCCAACUCAAACGUCUCUCCGAAUAAACCUUUCCAGCUUUUUGACAAAUCUGAUGUCCAACAUGAAUGAGCCUCAGCUGGUGAAGCAUGUUCAUUAUGAGAUAGCUAUAAUCUGUAAUUGCCAUCAAUUGGAAAGCUGUACAGGUAUCCAAGGGAGGAGUUGAUUCCAGCAGUGGUUCCAUUGUGGAUGUUUGCUUUCUCUUCAAUAUUCAGAACUAAUGUAGGCUUUAGUUUCAGAUGUCAAGUAAAUCUGUGUUUGCUUCAUAAUGAUGCCAGUACAAGAGAUUGUAUUUUAUAUGGUCAUGUUAGUACGUGUCUUUGAAAAAGAAUCUAAUAUCCAGUUAGCCUUUUAGAUGCAAGUUAGAAUUUGCUAAUGAAUGGUAGAUGCUUUUUGAUUGAGUUAACGAAUUUGUCGUGGUAUCCUA